CUUUUUUAUUCGUUUUGAAUUUCGUAAAUUUUUUUGCAUUUGUGUGCAAAAGGAAUAAAAAAAAUUGUCGCCGGUUCUUUCUUAAGUAAAAUUAUAUACAAUUGGAAAUCAAAUAAGAAUAAAUUACAAUUUGUUCUCUACCACGGUAUUAAAAAAGCAACUUUAAAGUGAAUAAAAUAUAUUGUAUGCAAAAAAUUAUUUUUCGAAAAAGGGCAAUCCAAAUUUAAAACUCAUCAUGGGUUCACAUCAAUACCAAAUUGCAAAUUUGCUAGAAAAGAUGACAUCAAAUGAUAAGGACUUUCGGUUCAUGGCAACAAAUGAUUUAAUGACCGAACUUCAAAAGGAUAGCAUUAAACUCGACGACGAAUCAGAGAAAAAAGUCGUUCGCAUGGUGUUGAAAUUGCUUGAGGACAAAAAUGGUGAAGUACAAAAUUUGGCAGUUAAAUGUCUUGGGCCAUUGGUUAAUAAAGUCAAGGAAAACCAAGUCGAAACUAUUGUUGAUUCAUUGUGCGCCAAUAUGAUUUCAAAUACAGAACAAUUGCGCGACAUUUCUAGUAUUGGACUAAAAACUGUAAUAUCUGAACUCCCUCAGACAUCGAAUUCACUAGCUCCGAAUGUUUGCCAGAGAAUAACUGGCAAGUUAAGCAAUGCUAUUGAGAAAGAGGAUGUCUCUGUAAAGCUUGAAUCGUUAGAUAUACUUUCUGAUCUUUUGUCGCGUUUUGGAGAAUUUCUUGUUCCAUUUCAUAAUACAAUCCUAAAAGCACUCGUUCCCCAAUUGUCAUCAUCAAGACAAGCUGUACGUAAGCGAACCAUUGUAGCAUUGUCUCACCUUCUAACUUUGGCUACAACAAAUGCCUACAAUGGUGUAAUUGAACAUUUACUUGAUGGACUUGAAAAUCCACAAAAUCAAGGAAAUAUUCGAACAUAUAUUCAGUGUUUGGCUUCAAUUUGUCGACAGGCAGGACAUCGUUUAUGUAAGCAUAUUGAUCGGGCCAUGGUUCUUCUUAAGCAAUACAGCCAGCAAGAUGAUGAUGAAUUGCGUGAAUUUUGUUUGCAGGCUUGUGAAGCAUUUGUUAUCCGUUGUCCAGAGGCAAUACGACCACAUAUUCCAAUGAUCUUAGAACUGUGUCUUAAAUAUUUAACGUAUGACCCUAACUAUAAUUAUGAAGCAGAUGAUGUUGAUUCGAAUAUAGCUAUGGAUACAGAAGAAGAAGAAUAUGUUGAUAGUGAAGAGUAUAGUGAUGAUGAUGAUAUGAGUUGGAAAGUACGUCGAGCUGCAGCUAAAUGUCUUGAAUCAAUAAUCGCAACUCGUCAUGAUAUGAUUGAAGACUUUUAUAAAGAUCUUAGCCCAGCAUUAAUAUCACGUUUCAAAGAGCGCGAGGAAAAUGUCAAGUCUGAUAUAUUCCAUGCUUAUGUUGCACUUCUUAAAAAUUCACGUUCUGUUGACGAAAUUUCUCAUGACCCGGAUUCAAUGGAACAGAUACCAGCGACUUUAGCACUUUUAAUGGAACAAGUUCCACAUAUUAUUAAAGCAACCCACCCUCUUAUGAGAGAAAAAUCUAUGAAGACCCGACAGGAUUGUUUCUUAUUAUUAAGAGAAUUGCUAAUCGCUAUGCCAGGCGCUUUGGGACCACAUCUCGAUAACAUAGUUCCAGGAAUUAGCUUCUCUUUAAGUGACAAGAACUCUACAAGUAAUAUGAAAAUAGAAGCUCUAGGGUUUUUAUGUUCGUUGUUGCAAGGUCAUCAAUCACAUGUGUUCCACCCCCAUAUAUCAGUUUUGGUACCACUAGUGGUAACGGCAGUUUUUGAUCCUUUUUACAAAAUAGCUACUGAGGGCUUAAUUGUGCUUCAACAAUUGGUUAAAGUUAUUCGUCCUUUGGACGGUAACGCUGCCAAUAUUAGUACUAUCGAUGUAACGCCAUUUGCAGCAGAAGUGUAUUCAGCCACUCUACAAAAACUUAAAGCUACCGACGCUGAUCAAGAAGUAAAAGAAAGGGCAAUUGCUUGUAUGGGUCAAAUUAUUGCUAACAUGGGAGAUUUACUCCAAGCGGAAUUGACCACAUGUUUGCCAAUAUUUUUGGAAAGGUUGAGAAACGAAGUAACUAGAUUAAGUUGUGUUAAAGCACUUACUAUGAUUGCAGCAUCACCUUUAAGAAUUAAUCUAACAUCGAUUUUGAAUGAUGUAAUGCCCGCUUUAGGAACGUUUUUACGAAAAAAUCAACGAGCUCUAAAGCUACAUUCCUUGGACUUGCUCAACAAACUUGCUGAUAAUUAUGAUCUUGAUAUAUUUGGACCUCCAUUACUACAAACGGCUAUUGCAGAAAUACAACCUCUUAUCUCUGACUCCGAUCUACACGUAGCUCAGUAUGCAUUAAUUCUAUUAACAACUACAGCACGCAAGCAUCCAAAGGCUUUGGUGGGAAUUCAUGAUCAAUUUUUACCACCGGUUCUCCAGUUAUUGCGUUCUCCUCUUUUACAGUUGGUCUGAAGAAAAGUCAGAAGC